AUGGCCGACGCAGAGCUUGAAGAAAUCAGGCGAGCUCGCCUUGCGCAGCUCCAGCAGCAGUCUGCUUCUCGAGGCGGACCCAGUCAAGAAGGGGGACAAGAGGAUCAAAGGAGACAGGCUGAAUCUGAACGUCGAUCCGCCAUCAUGAGCCAAAUCCUUGACCCGGCAGCCGCUGAUCGCCUGGGCCGUAUCCGACUGGUCAAGGAGUCCCGCGCCGUUGACAUCGAGAACCGAUUGAUGAUGCUCGCACAGACCGGCCAGAUCCGCCAGAAAGUGACCGAGGAUCAGCUGAAGGAGCUUUUGAACGCUGUUGCGGAGAACCAGCGGAAAGAAGAGGAAGAGCAAAAGAUUGUGAUCACUCGACGCAAGGGCGGCUGGGACGACGAUGACGAUUUGCUCGAUCUGUGA